GAGAUCUCGGGUCAAAAUGCUAUAAAAAUCACACCUUUAGCGUUCGCAAGGGCCGGCCUUAAUGGUUUGGCAGCAAGAAAGCAAUACCCUCUCUCCCUCUCUCUCUCUCUCUCUCUCUAAAAAAAGAUUUCCCAAGCUCUCACACGAGGACCCAGCUAUAUAUAAGAACAGUAGUUGGAGCUAGAACAGCUUGAGCUCAUAGCACUUGGGGGAGGGAAAGAUUCUCUCGCUUUUUCUUGUUUUUCUUUCCAGCUUCUCUGGUGUACUGAGACAUGGGAAGAUCGCCUUGCUGUGAGAAGGCUCACACGAACAAAGGCGCAUGGACCAAGGAAGAGGACGAGAGGCUUAUCGCCUACAUCAGGGCCCAUGGCGAGGGCUGCUGGCGGUCGCUCCCGAAGGCGGCGGGCCUCCUCCGCUGCGGCAAGAGCUGCCGCCUCCGCUGGAUCAAUUACCUGAGGCCUGACCUCAAGCGCGGCAACUUCACCGAUGAAGAGGAUGAGCUCAUCAUCAAACUCCACAGCCUUCUUGGUAACAAGUGGUCUUUGAUUGCCGGGAGAUUGCCCGGGAGGACGGACAACGAGAUAAAGAACUAUUGGAACACGCACAUAAGGAGGAAGCUCUUGAACCGAGGGAUCGAUCCGGCGACGCACAGGCCAUUGAGCGAGACCGCGCAAGACACAACCACCAUCUCGUUCGCAGCCACUCCGUCGAAACAAGAGCCGCUAGACGACGCCAUCUCCGCCGCGCUCGGCUACAAGAAGGAGAACAACCCACCGACAACGAUGACGACGACGACGACAACACCAGCAACGGUUCAAGAAAGGUGUCCAGACUUGAAUCUUGAGCUCAGAAUAAGCCCUCCUUAUCAGCCGCAGCACCACCAGCCUGAUGCGCCCAUGGGAAUGGUCGAGAGAAACCACUGCUUUGCCUGCAGCCUGGGGUUGCAGGACAGCAAGGAGUGCAGUUGCAGGAGAGGAGCGAGCGGGGGAAGCAGCGUCCAUGGCGGCUACAACUUCUUGGGGUUGAAGACCAGCGUCCUGGAUUUCAGAACUCUGGAGAUGAAAUGAAGCCUUAAGACUCGUUCCAGUGGGGUGGUUUUUGGAUGUCCGAGCAGGUUUUACAAAGAGAGAUGAGAAAGAGAUUUUGCCUAUUAGUCCAUAAUCUCUCCGGGGUUUCUCUUUUGUUGCUUCUUCUCUUUGGGGGUCUAAUUUGUAAUGAUUAAUGUAGUGCGUAGUUUUCUAUAUACUUAAAAAUUCAAAUUA